AUCAUAAACUCGAUCGAUCAGCUAGCUAUCGUUCGGACGAUCUGUCUUCGGCGUUCCCAAACCUUCAGCCGAUUAGUUCAGGCAGCUAUCAUACACGACAAAGAUAUGGCUUCUCUUCUGUCAAGCCCGCCGUUGCUAAUUUGUCUCCUACUGGCGGCCACCGUGGCAACGGCCAUGACCACGACCCCGCAGCUGGAUGCCACUGUCGGCGGCGGCGGAGGAGAGAACCCGACGGCGGGGUUCGUGAAGGUGGACCUCACCGCCGGCAGCUUUAAGGUGCAGAGCCCCUACAAUGUGCCGGAGAGCCAGCGGUAUAGCUACCGUAACGACGUCCGACAGUUCUGGGUGCUCGACACCGACAAGCCCUUCAACACUGUCACCCACACCAACCCACGCACCGAAAUCAUGAUCGAGGGCCACGACUACUCAAAAGGGGUGUGGCAAUUCGAGGGCUAUGGUUACGUCCCUUCCGGCACGUCGGGUGCGUCGGUGAUGCAAAUACACUGCGAGGAAGGCGCGGCGCACGCGACGGUCCUGAUGUUGCACGUCUACGAUGGCGUGCUCCGGUUCUACGACGGGCAGGUUGUGGAGAAGGACAUCUACGACCGGUGGUUCCGGCUCAACGUCGUGCAUGACACCGACAGGUCUACCGUCACCGUCUACGUUGACGGGCAGCGAAGAUACGCCACCGGUGUGAUACCCAGCCGCUCGUACUACUUCAAGUUCGGGGUCUACAUGCAGCACCAUGAUUGGUCACCGUGCAUGGAGUCGCGCUGGACUAACGUUACCAUCUACACGAAGCCUUAGUUGCCUUAAUGUUUGUGUACAUAUAUACAUCCAUGGGCGCAUAUCGUAUACAUAUUCUUCUUCUUUUUUUGCUAUGACACCACAUACAUAUUUGUACGGCCACAUUGUAAAUUUAUUUAUGUAAUGUAAUUAUACCGAGAGCCA